CACGUAAAAUUUCAUCGAUUACGCGGAGAGAUUCCUUUCACCGAAAAAUUCGGAGUCUAUCCAGGAAUUCGAGGAAGGCGGGGCGAAGGGGCGGUGGGAACGGGGGGGCGGGGGGAAAUUUCUCCAGUGGGCGACCUUGCGCGUCGCGCGCUCCAUGCCCGUCUGAAGGUAAUCGCUAUUGCCAAGGGAACGUUAAAAUUGUUGAACGGCGUCUUUCGGCGUCUGCGCGAGAACGUUGGCCAACGGGCGUUCAGUUUUCCGUUCUAUCCUCGAAUCCGUCUUAAGAAUCUCGCGUGUUAUUGGCCGCAUGGAAAUCCCAACCUUACCCGAGGUUAUCUCGUUUGACAGGCGAGUAUCCCCGCAGUCCGCCGGUUGUUCGUUUGCGUCGUAUCCCGUACUCUCGGUGCCGUCUAGGUUAUAAAACGGAGAAUCGAUUCACGGCGGCGGUUCUUUUUUUCUUUCUUUAUUAUUCAUCGUCUCCUCCGAGUGGCAGGUAAGCUUCUAGGCUCGUUAUCGGUAGUUCGCGAUAAACGAAGAUUCCCUUACUUCGUCCUUAUCUGCCGGAUAACCUUGGAACAGUCGGAGCUGAUUUACCGUGCAAACGCGUCGCUGGUCCGGCCGCAGUUCGACAGAGUUCCAGGACCGGUGCGGAGAAGGAAGGAUCCAUCCGAUCGGAUCCGCGUCGAAAAGAGAGAAUUCUACGAUCGCACUCCGAACUAUCGUCGACAAACGGCAUCGAAAACACGACGGAGAGGAGCGUCCGUCGAGGGACGCGACAAGCCACGUGGAGUCCUUCCGAGCUACGCGGAAACCGUUCGCUCGUUGUCCCCAAAAAAAAAAAAAUACCCCGAUAACGAUCGUCCGGAGAAAACGAGCUAAUUUUCAACAGAAGGCAUCUUCUCCGUCGCGUACGACAUGUCCGUGGCACGAUGCGACGCAACCUGAUCAGUCUGGUAAAAUUUUUAUCCCUCGCCUUGCUGACGAUCGUUCUGACCGUCGUCGUAUUUCGCUACGUCCGAAAUCCGCCCCGGUAUCCAGACGACGGAGAUGAGCCGGAUCCUCGGGCACCGCCCGCCGAGGCGGUUAAACUCGACGAAACCGACGACGAGAAAAUCGACUGGCACGACUAUCGGCAGAUAUCCCAGGACUCCCGUAGAAAAGGUCUGGGCGAGCAGGGUGUCCCGGCGUUUCUGUCGCCCACGGAGGACGCCGUCAAGGCUUCGCUGUACAAAGUGAACGGUUUCAACGCCGCCCUGAGCGACAAAAUUUCGGUGAAUCGUUCCGUGCCGGACAUCCGUACGCCGGGUUGCAGGACGAAGAAGUACACGAAGAAACUGGACCCCGUGUCCGUGAUAGUCUCGUUUCACAACGAACACCCGAGCACUCUGAUUCGCACCUGUUGGAGCGUCGUAAAUCGCUCGCCCGCCUCCCUCCUCAGGGAAAUAAUCCUCGUGGACGACGCGAGCACGAAACCGGAACUGGCCAACGAACUGGACGAGUACGUAGCCUCCAAUCUGCCCAAGGUCAGGAUAAUCAGGCUCGCCAGCAGGUCCGGUCUGAUAAGAGGACGACUGGCGGGCGCUAGGGAGGCCACCGCCGACGUUCUCGUAUUCCUCGAUUCUCACACCGAGGCGAACGUCAACUGGCUACCGCCACUACUCGAGCCGAUAUCGGCCGACUACAGGGUCUGCGUUUGCCCGUUCAUAGACGUCAUCGGUUACGAGACGUUCGAGUACCGGGCGCAGGACGAGGGAGCACGGGGCGCUUUCGACUGGGAACUUUACUACAAGCGACUGCCGCUUUUGCCGGAGAGCUCGAAGAAUCCCACGGAGCCGUUCGAGAGCCCAGUGAUGGCCGGCGGUCUGUUCGCGAUAAGCGCGAAGUUCUUCUGGGAAAUCGGCGGCUACGAUCCAGGCCUGGACAUAUGGGGCGGCGAGCAGUACGAACUGUCGUUCAAAAUCUGGCAAUGCGGUGGCCGCAUGUACGACGCCCCCUGCUCGAGGGUCGGUCACAUAUACCGUAAGUUUCCACCGUUUCCGAAUCCCGGCAGGGGCGAUUUUCUGGGUAAGAAUUACAAACGCGUCGCCGAAGUGUGGAUGGACGAUUACGCCGAGUACAUAUACCGCAGGAGGCCUCACCUGCGGGCCCUCGACCCCGGCGACCUGACCGAGCAACGCGCGCUCAGGUCGAGACUCGGCUGCAAGUCGUUCGGUUGGUUCGUCGAGCACGUAGCCUUCGAUCUCGUCGACGUUUACCCGCCGGUGGAACCGGAGGAUUUCGCUCACGGCGAGAUAAGGAACAUCGGGGCACCCGAGCUAUGUCUGGACUCUAAGAACAAGAAACGCGACGAACCGGUGGCUGCGGAUUUCUGCAAAAAGGACGACCCGAAAGCGUCCGGCGAACAGGAGUUCCGAUUCACCUGGCACAAGGACAUAAGACCGAAGGGAAAAACCGAUUGCCUCGACGUGUCGAGGGGACACGAAAAGGCACCGGUUACUCUGUACCCCUGCCACGGCAAACAGGGGAAUCAGUUGUGGCGUUACGACGUUGGUAAACAGUGGAUCGUUCACGGUUACAACAACAGGUGUCUGGACCUCGAUCCCGCUGCUAAGAAGGUGUACGUCGCCGCGUGCAGCACCUCGGUAUCCACGCAGAAGUGGAGAGUCGAGAACGUCGACAUGAAAGCUAUAAACAAUUGGGAAAACGCCGGACCCAAAGGUAUCAAGUGAUCCGAUUAUCUGUAGAGUCCGUUGAAAAUCUCCAGAGUUCGGGAAGAGAUAAUGAUGAAAUAUAAUGAUAAUAGUGCGCUGGUACGACGUUGACGACGGGUAUCGGGACGUGGUCUCGUAACGGUAUAAUGGUAGCGCGGAGGUUGGAUAAAUUGAUGAAAAUAUUUCUUAAUGGUGCCUUACAAUAAUUGAGUAACUAUAUGUAUGUAUGUAACGGAUGUAUUGUAGAGCGUUUAUUCUCAGGAGUGAUGAAAAUAAUUUCAAUUUUUUCCUCCGCACUUUUUAGAAUUUUACCGCAAACGGUGUCGGACACUUCCGGUUCCGUUGCGAAUGCAAUGAUUUCCGCGUAAAACGAGAAUCCGUCGCGAAGACACGGGUUUCAUAAAUUGCGCGAUUACGUCACAAUCGACUAGCGGAAAAUAACGUGGAAUGUACUUGUCGGCGUGCGGAUUAGAUCGACUUUUAAUUGAAUUGAGUUCGGAGUCGCCUCGGAACGCGCAAUUUCCAACCAUCGAAGGUGUCGAUUAAAACUAUAAUUCGUUCAUAUUUGUCGCGCGAACCGAAGAUCAAGUUAUUACGCGCGAAUGCUGCGGUGUUAAAAUAACGCGCCGUACGAUUGUCAGAGCCGAACUACGCAGGCGAUCGUCUUUUUUUUCGAUUUAUCAAAUCCGCCUCGAACACAGAUAUAUAUAUAUAUAUACAUAUUGUAUAAUCGAUAAACUUUUAAAAUAACCAUAUCGACGAAUCGAUUGUUGUACGACUAUAUUUUCAUAUGUACAAAUAUCUAGGAUAUCGCUGAAAUUCCCCAUAUCAAAAUAUAACGCUGUUCAAUAAACUGUUUAAGCAAAUCGUAUGUGCCCAAAAACUCACCCCUGACAUUGGCGCACUCUCCCUCGGGAGUCGCCAUCCUCUGCAUCGCGGUCGGCGACACACCGACGGGCAUAGAAAUUUUCUCACCGAGUACGAAGGUGCUGGUGUCGCGGUUCGAAACGUUCACCAACACUCUAGGCUUGAUCCUGUACCUGUUGCGCGGACGAAUCAAAAAAAAAAGAAGAAAA